UCGACUGCUCGCGCGCCGGUCUCGCACACGCUCCUCGCGGUGACACUUACAAACCAGCCUUCGUAACCAAGUGCGAAUAAACUUUGUAUAUCGUGAAUCCAGAAAACCCUGCAAACUGUGACAGUGCGUCCAACGUGUUUUCAUUAAGUGUUACAUUCAGUUCGAUAUUUAUUUGAUAUUUUAAACGUUUAUAAAAUCGGGGAUUAGAUCGCCAAAUGAAUAUGGACUUGCCCGAAGGAGCUACAUCAAUGCGUUGUUCAUGGAUGUCUUUUUAACUGGUUUUUUCAAAAGGCUUUUGGUAGCUGUAUCAGUAGUCAUAAUCAUUGCAAUGUGUCUAACGCCAGCGGAGGCUCGUUCAGUGGAGCAUAGGAGAAGGCACCAAAGACGACCAGACAUGGCCCAACUCACCAAAGACGAGACAAUGAAACGGCCAAAAAAUCCAAGUACUGAACAAUUCAAGAACGCUACAAGAAAGAUAAAGCAUAAAUUACGCAACACAAAAAGAUUCUUCGAUCAAGAUCGGAAAGUCUUGAACGAGACGCGAGAGUACAGGGAUGGGAUGCCCAGUUGGUUGCCGGCGGUCAACUUCGUCGACAUCCACUUUCACGAUUACAGAACAUCGCGAAAAGUCGGAAAAUCUAUCACAGAACGAAAGUUCACGUACUUAAUGCCGAAACUCUACAAAACUCUGAAGGAAUACGAAGUUCUCUUCAAACUCUUACUGAACGUGCAACUGGAUUUAUCGGACGAUCCUUUCACGAACUACAUCGUCGUUCGACAGAAGCUUCUCACUGAUACGUUGGAAAAGUUGUACAGCACCAUUGCGGAAAUACAAGAAAAUAUGAUCGCCGUCAAUAUGCCGAUACCGCCCUUUGACAAGAACCGCAUGAAACUCGACGCCUUGGAUAAGAAAGUUGACGCAACUCAGUGCCUUAAAAACGACUACAUAGCAUUCAGAGGAUACGGAAAUUUAUUAAACAACUGGUAUUCCGAAUUCAGAUGUCCGAUGAAUAAGAAGAGCGAUAGAAAAUGCGCAGUUUUCCACGCGAAGAUGAAUGAGAAAUUGGGCAACAAACGUUUCAAAAACAAUCGAAAUAUUUAAUGUGUUGGUUACUUAAUUUAUUCCGUGUCUGUAUGUCGCUUUUGUACUUAUUUAAUGUUAGGAUAGUUAUUUGCUCUCUAACAUGAGACGUUGGAUUAUGAAUUUCUUGACGAAACGUAACGUUGAUUAAGUAAUGGGUACUUUCUCUGUGAUAUUUAGUAUUCUGUAGUUGGUAAAUAUUAAUUUAUUGAGAGUAUUUAAUAAGUUCCUCUGCAACACUUCGUGUACUUAAGUUCUUUGUUUACUUCCUUGUAAAUAUAUCUUCGAUCUUACUUAUUAUUUAUUUCGACUAUUCAAAUAUUUAUUCCGAUUGCUUUGUGAUCUGUAUUAAAAUGAAAUUUUAAUUUUCUUAAUCUCAGUAAGUAUUACUAGUGGGCAAUUAUUGCCUUUUUUAGAAAAGAAAGACUUUUAGCUUAUUUAUGUAAGGUGCUUAUUUAUAUAAUUUAGAUUAGAAUGGAAAUUGUGCCGUUAGUUUGUAGCGAACGAACUGAUACCAUGUUAAUGUCAUCGACAUUGUGUACAUAGCUUUACAUUAUUUGUAAUUUGUUACUGCAAAUGAAAAUUAAUUGAGAA